AUGGACUUCCUCAAGUCGGCUGUUGCUUCCAUCGCCAAAGGUGGUCCAGCAUUCGGAUACUCCUUUGCAGAUCGCGUGGAUGUCGACCAAUCCAUCUGGACGCUGCACAAUGGCACCAAACGGCCCAAGGAAGACGGCUCGAAAUGCAGCAUCUUCUCCUUCGACAUCGCCGCGAACCGAUCACGAUUACCGCUAGCGAGAAAUGCGCUGAGAAAGUUCAAGACGUUGCGACAUCCUGGAAUUGUCAAAGUGCUAGACACCAUUGAGACAGACACACUGAUCUACAUUGCCACUGAACGAAUUACACCUUUGAACUGGUCCACGAGACGGAAAGCAUUGGCAGAAGAGAGCCUGAAAUGGGGACUACACAACGUUGCGAAGACUCUGAAGUUCAUCAACGACGAGGCAGCUUCAGUACACGGCAACAUCCGGGCAUCUUCCAUCUUCACGAGCGAGAGCGGAGAGUGGAAGCUAGGUGGGCUGGAUAUACUCAGCUCCAUGAAAGAGGACGAUGCGGUCAUCUUCACACAGGGCAGUCUGCUGCCAGAUAUAGGGCGAUACUCUCCUCCGGAAGUUGCAAAGAAUGGCUGGGGUGGUGUGCGAGGAGGUCCUAUACACGCGGUUGAUGCCUACAACUAUGGUAUCCUGGUGACCGAAGUGUUCAACGGGGGCUUCUCCGCUUCUGACCAGAUCGGGUCAACGAAGAACAUUCCACUGAACAUGCAGAACAGCUAUAAGCGCCUGACACACGCAGCGCCCAAGAUGCGGCUUAGCGUGGGACAUUUCCUGGAGCAAGGCACCCGAAGUGGCAGCUUCUUCGAUACGCCGCUCAUCGAGCUCGCAGACGGCAUUGACAACAUUGGCCUGAAAAGCCCCGAUGAGAAAGAGGCGUUCUUGAGUGAGCUUGAAACCAUUGUCGAGGCCAAAGAAUUCCCAGAAGACUUCUUCAAGGUCAAAGUAUUGCCAGAAUUACUCAAAGCAGUUGAAUUUGGUGGAGCUGGACCAAAAGCCUUUUCGCUGGUGAUGCGAAUAGCACAGACGCUGCCCGAGGACGAGUAUGGUACACAGAUCACGCCGGUUGUGGUACGCCUGUUCAUGAGUCCGGACCGAGCAAUGCGAGUGUGCUUACUGGACAACUUGCCCCUAAUGAUCGAUCACUUGAGCCAGAAGCUUGUGACAGACAAAAUCUUCCCGCAGAUGGUGACUGGGUUUGGCGACCUGGCUCCUGUGAUCAGAGAACAGACUGUUAAGGCAGUCCUCGUCGUGGUGUCGAAGCUGUCCGACCGUGUGAUCAACGGAGAGCUGCUGCGCCACCUUGCAAAGACUGCCAACGAUGAGCAACCCGGCAUUCGGACGAACACGACCAUCUGCCUUGGCAAAAUCGCGCGCAAUCUUGGUGCCAGCUCCCGAGCUAAGGUUCUGAGCGCAGCAUUCUCGCGUGCGUUACGCGACCCAUUUGUACAUGCGAGGAACGCCGCUUUGAUGGCCCUGGCAGCGACAGCAGACGUGUUUAGCGAAGAAGACUGCGCCACGAAAAUGCUUCCGGCUCUCUGCCCAUCGUUAGUGGACAAAGAGAAGAUGAUACGAGAACAAGCGAACAAGACCCUCAACAUAUACCUCGACAGAGUACGCAAAUACAGCGCGACGCUCCCUGACACGGCGUUGCCGCCGCCAGAAACAGCAUCCGCGGGUGGUACCAGAGUCAGCACACCGCAGCCUCAGCCUAGUAGUCAAUGGAUGGGAUGGGCAAUAUCCUCGUUCACCAACAAAAUAGGUUCCGCCACUGGAGAGAUACAAACAAAUGGUACUGGCGGGCUGCCUGUCACGUCAACACCGUCAAAUGGAGUGUCUCCAAGACCGAGUCCCGGCCCGCAUUCGGCUUCGGUAUCAUCGGUGCCCAAAGUGUCUUCAGGGCUACGUACCAAUGCUGUCGCUCCUGUGCAGCCUAUCGAGCAAGAUAUUCCAGACGAAGACUUUGGCGACGGAUGGGGCGACCUUGAUGACGACCCCGAACUUGCCGCCACAUGGGGCGCCGAAUCGGCAUCGUCACCGCAACACUCAUCCAAGCCUAGCACAUCCAGCGCUUCUUAUGACGACGGCGGUGAACCAGACUUUGAAGGCUGGCUCAAUGCUCAAGCACAAGCCAAAGCCGGCAGCAAGAAGCCGUUACCGAAGGGCCUCGCGAAGAAGACAAGCACUCCACCCACAAGACCAGGUCAACCUCGCGCAACAUCAACAAAGUCAGCACCCCUCACAACCGCAACGAAGACAGCACCAAAGCCAGCAGCCCCAAAACCAGCAGCAGCUCCCGCGGAAGAAGAAGACGACGAGUGGGGAUCGGCGUGGGACUGA